AUGCCGAUGGAGCAUGGUGAUUCUUCUAGCUCUGUAGCUCCUCCUCUAGAACCUUCUGGUAUCAAGGAGUUUGAAUAUUACGCAACACCCGACUUCAAGCUCGAACCAAACAGGCAACCCCUAACAAGCGAAGCUUUGGAUGAGCAAUUCGGCACUCAUAUUCAUUAUAUGCGCGUGCCGGUGCUUCAUACAGAAGCUGUUCCUGAAACCACAGUGAAGGAUGCUCUGAAAAGCUACAGGAAGGUCUGGCUUCAAGGCCCCCCGUCUGACAACGCACCCGAUGAGCCCCGGUACGCGGGCAUGAAACUUGGCGUUGGUGACUCUAUCCAAUACAUAACUCCCGAGGUGGAAGACAUUCAUACGUAUCUCAGGAACUCGAGGAGGUUCGGGGAGACCUAUGGUCAGAACGCUCAGUUCCUUAUGAAGGGGCGUCCGUUCGACAAACCAAAAAGCCGACGAUUCUUAGGUUAUAGAACGCCUACAUGGCAACAGGUAAAAGGGAGCAACGCGAUGUUUGAUGUGAGAGCGGCAGAGCUCUCCGAUCUGCGCACUCAUCUCAACAGGGAAAAGCACCUCAAAGCUUAUGAUCCACUUACUCAUGAGUUGCUCGGCUUCGUAUUAGAUAAAGAUGGCAAGGUGCUUCACAGUGAAUUGCAUUAUAUUCGACCGUAG